GGAAGAAGAUCGCGGGAGGCGGUUAUAUUUCAGUCCGUGCUCCCGGCUCCUAAUUGCAGGUUAUUUUAAUUCGCAAACCGUCAGUUCGAAAGGAUCGCAGACAGGCCUCCCCAGUGAUCUUGUGUUACUAGGGAUCCUCCUAACUCUGAACUAGCGCGGGUUUUCUCAUAAGCAAAGGAAAUCUCCCCCCUACCCUCCCCCCCCAACUCGAUCGAUUUGUCACUGGCACAGAAUCCAGAGAAGUCGCUCGGUCGUUCGUUUACAGGGGAUCUCUGAACGGCCGGUCAGACGUUUCUAACGUUUCUCGCAGCCUGUCCCGGGUGCCACGAUGUAUAAAGUGGACCUUCAGGCCGACCUGAGAGAGGCGGCUGCUGUUGAAGCCCGACGGAACCGGGAGAAGCAGAGACAGAGCCGCAUCUUCAAUGCCCGUUACCGUACAAUAGGGGUGGACACAGAAGGCUUGAAGAGGCAAGUGGAAGAGCGCAAACAGAGAGAGAAUACAGAGAAGCGACGAGAGGAAGCUUUUGAUGCAGACAGGGUGCAGUGUGACAAGGUUGCCCAGAUGUUAGAGGAAGAGGAGCAGCAGCGGAAGAAGCUGUUAUGCCAGCAUCUGGUGGAGUUCCGUGAGCGGGAGCAGCAGCCUUCUAUGCGGCGGGAAUGGGAUAUCCACGACCCUGAGGCGGUACGCAAAGGGCAGCCGGCCCGUGUGCGUGAUGACGACCCACGCUGUGGCCCUUCUAGCUUGCAGUGCUUUGCUGGUGAGGAUUUGAAUGCAGUUGCCCGCCAAAAACUGCAGAAGGAGCAGAACAAGCAUGCGCUGGAGGAGCAGAGAAAUGAACGGAAUAAGGAACUUGCUGAUCAACGAUACGCGGAUAAUCUGGAAGGCAAAAAAAGAAUAGAGCUGGAUUUGCGAGCCUGGGAGCUGGCGCAAUUGGAGGAAGAAUGUCGCAGGGCUAAAGCCAUGGCAUUAGCAGACUUUAACCGAGCCCAGAGACUUCGGCAACUUGAAAGACAACGGGAUGCCGAGUGGGACAGGCAGAGGGAACUGGCGGAUCGUGCAGCCAUGCAGAUGGAGGAGCAGGAACAGCAUUUCCGUGAGCAACUGAAGAAGAGCCUGGACGGUUACAACCACGAAUUGGCUGAGGCACAGAAAGCCAACUUGAGGUAUCUGGAGAAAGAAGUCUACACCAAUGCGCCCACAGCCCACUAUUAUUUACAGUUUAAUACCAGCAGCCGCUGAUGGGAGAUGCAGCUGGGAACAGCUUUGGUAUGCAAAAUAAAGUUGAUUUUCUGAUGGAAAAAGGACGUCUCCAGUGGCUGUAGAAGAGAGGUACCAGCCUGGACCUGAAAUGUAGCCCGGGCCUGUUUAAAUGUGACCAUGCAGAGCUUUGCAAUUUGGGGAGGGGUACUUUCAAGAUCAGGUGUUUGUUACAUGAAACAUUACACAAAACAUGUACGGAUAUAAUACCAUAUUCAGAGAAUCAAAAUGUCAAAUAUCAAUUGUGUAAUGAUUUUAUAAUAGUUUGCUUGUUAUCUCCUUAACAAACAAGAGCCAUCGUACAAUCAAAGCUAACUAUAACCCCGUAGUGUUUGCUUCUUGAUCUCACGUGGGUUAAGUACUUCGUUUACAUUUAUCUGCAUUUGCGACAAGCCAAAAUGACAGAUGCGUGGCGACAAUAUUAUCCUGUAAAUGCUGCAAUUGUACACUUGCAUAUGAACUUAGCAAUAGCAAUAGCAGUUAGACUUAUAUACCGCUUCAUAGGCCUUUCAGGCCUCUCUAAGCGGUUUACA